AUGGAAAAUCCGACUAAGAUAAACCUCCCAUGGCCUGGGAAUAUGUUUGAAGAAAGUAUACUGUGUACCAAUAGGGGAUUUUGUUCAACACAAAAACAGGAAUAGAAAUACCUGGAAAAGCUCAGCAGGUCUAGCAGCAUCGGCGGAGAAGAGUACAGUUGACAUUUCGAGUCCUCAUUUUGUUCUCUUAGAAGGUUAAAUGCAGCACUGAUAAAUCCAUUGUUUUAUAUAUAUAUGUCAGGUUAAUUUGAUCAACUGAGAAUUUUUAACAGUUAUAAUGGACUGAUUAUGUAAUAUAACUUAUCAAAUGAAAAGCACUAAACUUUCAGGUUCCAAUACAAAUAAUUUUUCAGAUAUAAUUAAGUAACAUAACAGAAAAUGGAUAGGAAAACAAUACUUUGUACCAAGGUCAAAUACAAAUUCCAUCAUUGCUGGCCAUUAAUAUAAAUUGUGCAGAUUAAAAACAUGUGUUUUAAGUACAACUGAAUUCAUUAUUCAAAUAAUUAAGUCUAAUUGGCAUGCUCCAAAAACAUAGUUUAGCAGUGGUAAGUGAUUGGGCCAAAAAAGUCCUUGAAAGUUUGCAUUUAAUUUGCUCCUGAAGAACUGAAUGAAUAGUAACAAUCCCUGAGUGUGGCAUUCUCUGUAAAGGAGGAAUAAAUUAAUCAUGGCAAGUCUAUAUGUAAACAACAUGAACAUUUUAAUUGGUGAAUCAUCUCAAUUCAUAGUAGUUACAAAGAACUUUAGAACCACCACAUCAUCAUUAGUACCUAAUUAAACAACAUUGUUUAAGCCAAUCAUAUCAACAUGUGCAAUAAGGGAUGGGUAUCUUUUGCCCCAGAAACAACAAAAAAUACUUUAGUCUGGGUAGGUUUCUCUAUCUACACAAAAGGACAGUAGCAUGGAAAAUUAAUAGCAUGAUAUUAUUAAUUAUCUGCUGAUAAAGAGCUGCUACAGAAUACCAGGUGGUUUUUGUUUAAGAAAAUGGAAGAAGCAAUGAUUCCUCAGCAACUGGAAAAUGCAAAAAGACUGAAAGAAUUCAAUUUCUAUUUCAACGAUAAAGGGCAACUGAGACACAUGGAAACAAACCAACCAUUUGUUUAUAAACAAUAUAGUAAUAUGAGCAACUUGAACCACCAGUGGUACAAAGCCUUUGGAACAGUUCUGGCCGAGUAUGUAUACGAACUCUUGGAAAAAGAAUGUCAACUGAAACGCGUCUAUAUUCCCUUUGAUACAGCAGAGGAUGGUUCUAAAAGUUUCUGCUUCAUGACUGAGGGUGCCUUGACUAAUUCUUCCAAGUUAAUUGUUCUACUGCAAGAUCGUGGAGUCAUGCGGGCUGGUACAUGGUCCCAGCAAUUGAUUGUGCAUGACUGCCUGGACACUGGCACUCAAAUCCCUUUUAUUAAGCAAGCUGUAAGGGAGCAGUAUGAAGUGAUUGUAUUAAACAGUAAUGACAACUUUAUGGCUAUUAAGCAAGAUGACACAGAAGAGAAAAAACAAUGUGAUUUUGAUCAAAAAGAUCACAACUUAAAGCUUGAACAAAUACCAAAAAGAGGUUUUGAAACUCCUGAAGCACACGCCUUCUACAUUUGGGACCACUUUAUAUCUAAGUCUCCUGAGGUGAAUGUAGCCUUCAUAGUCCAUGGCUAUGGUGGGUUGGCAUUUGUGAACCUCUUAAAUGAGCGUAAAGAUGUAAUGAGCAAAGUCUAUGCUGUGGCCUUCAUAAACUCUGCUCACAAUGCAGACCAUCAAAACGUUGGGCAAAUAGGUCGGAAUUGGAUAGAAAAAAAAUGCCGUAACUGGUUAUUGAGCUCCAAACCUCUAGACAAGCUUGUACCCUCAGUGAGGACAGGCUGUGCACAGGUUUCUGCAGGCACUGAAAACCAUGACUUGGCCCCCUCAACUUGCCUUCACUCUAUUUUCAAGUACCUGAAGAAAGUUGCAAAUGUGCAGAAAACUAAUCAAUUCAUUCGAUCACCAAUUGUUACAAGAAGUUUAAGUAAGAAACUGAAAGCAAAAAAAAAGAGAAAGUAGCAUUGUUUGUUGAAUUAUGUAAACAAAUCCAAUAAAGCAACAAUACUUCGCAAUAAAACCAUGAACAGAAAGAGCCCUACAGCUGAAACAUCAACUAAUGUUCUCUCCGUGGAUGCUGCUUCUGGACUGGUAUUUUUGUGUUUUGUUACAGAU